CUCCGUAGCGACGUCUGUCACCACUGUACCUGGAUGAGACAGUCCUGCAUCCAGCUGUAUUCUUACGUAUUGUUUAAAGCGUAUCGCAAGACUCGACACGAUCAUCUGACAACUGAAAAUUACGCCUGGCCCUUAAUCGUAAAGGUUGGCAAAUCAAAGCCAACUGACCCACGAAACUGCGUUGCUGUCUGUUGCUAAGAAGAGGGGCGCUCGCCGCAUCUGUUGCCGGGGUGAAUUGAUUAAAAUGUUAGCAUCCAGCUAGGUAGCAAUAUUUCUAGAUCUCAGGCGCAACAACGAGGUUUAAAUCGAGAAUGAAUCAUGUCAUCUCCUGCUAGACAGCACUCGAGAUGAAUCAACACUAAUUUUCGUGUUCGGUUUCGGGGCUCUACAUUCCGCCCGAACAGGAAGACGGACCUUAAAAUGUAGAAAUUGGGUACAUGUAAGGUUAAAGAGCUAACUGCAGCUAGCAGACUAGCUUCAUGAAAUACAACUAUAAUCUAUGCGGCUGCCGCAAAACGUAGCUGCACUGCCAGCCAACAUGGACUGUUUGUUUUCCGUUCAGCCCGACGUUGUUAGAGAUGAAUAAAACGAUUGUAGUGUAUUCGACCGAGAGCUAGAAGGCCGAUGCGACAAUGGAGUCUUUCCUGCAGAUAGCUCCCCAUUCUUUGGCUAUAGUGCUAUCCAGGGUCGGGGCUGGGGAGGCGUUAGGGGGCAGGGUGUCUGAAAGCGACGAGUUUCCGAGACACCACACCGGCUAUGAGAUUUUUGCCGAUUUUAAAGCAGAAAAUACCCAGCAUCAUGUAUGGAACCAGCGGAUUACAGAGGCCGUGUCCGAGACUUUCUUCCUGGGAUGGAUUGACGAGCAUGUGCUAUUAAUUCAAGGCAAGGAAGACCACCUGGAGGUGCUGAGGGAGGGAUGGAUGCGGAGGUCUCUUAAUCCGCCUCGGGGAUUCACCAUUAAAUACCUCGGUGAUGUGUCACCGAUCAGUAUGUCCCCCAUCAGCCAAUCACAGUUCAUCCCUUUGGGAGAGGUUUUGUUAUUGGCUAUCUCUGCUAUGAACUCUGCCCAUAAGCCUGUCACUCAGGAGGCCUUAACUGAACACCUGCAGACAUGUUUUCCAGGUGUACCUACACCAACGGAGGAGGUUUUGCGCCAUACUCUGAACAUGCUGGUCCGUGAGCGGAAGAUCUACCCGACACCUGAUGGAUAUUUUAUCGUAACUCCUCAAACCUAUUUCAUUACUCCAAGCCUAAUCCGAACUAGCUCCAAGUGGUAUCACUUGGAAGAGCGUUCUGCUGACCGACACCAACAUCAGAACCAGCAGCAGCAGCAUCAGCAGACACAGUGCACCUCCCCUCUCUCUGGCACCAUAACCCCUUCCACCUCCGGGGGUGUGCGAGAGCGAACACACCCAAAGUCCAACCAGAAUCACAGCGGGGGAGGUGGGGAUUCUUUUUACAACAACAGUUAUCGUGGAGACGACCCCCCUAGCCACCACACCACCCUGCAGCGGCGAUCCCCCAAAGACCACCGGGAGGCGUACUCGGUACCUCACUCCCCACAAACACCCCCUCAGCAAGCAGGAGGGAACACUGAAAAGAGCCGCAGUUCACUCGGGUUCCCAUUCAAGACGGAUACACUAAACAAGCACCGAGGUGGGAGCGCAGCAGGAGGAGGGGUAGCAGGAACUGCAGACAUAGAGAAACAAGCUGGAGCUAGUGCUACGGGAAGUCGAAAGUUUGGUUUGAAGUUGUUUCGCUUGAGUUUUAAGAAAGAUAAGGCCAAGCAGCUUGCAACCUUCUCUGCACAGUUCCCCCCCGAGGAAUGGCCGCUACGGGAUGAGGACGUACCCAGCCAGCUGCCACGCCACGUAGAGAUGGAGAUCAUCCGUAGAAUCAAUCCUGACCUCACAGUGGAGAAUCUUGCUCGACACACAGCAGUCAUGAAGCGUCUUGAAGAAGAGCGUGCUCAGAGGAGCAAAGCAUCGUCGGCCAAUCACAGCUCCAGAAGUAGAAGAAGUGGGGGUAGACACAGAAAGCAGUCCCAGACCAAACUUAGCCGCUCGCAUAGUAAGACAAGGACUACUCGCUGUGAGCCAAGUGACAGUUCCCAUUUAGAGUUGGCCGAAAGGGACUAUAGAGGUUACUCAUGCUCACUGGCUCGGUCACCAAGGGAACAGGCAGUGGCCAUGGAGCGGCAAAGGGCCCGACUCCACCUGGCACACAGCAACCCUAACAUUCUUGACUCCUCACACCUGCCCGUUACUCCAGAGUGGGAUGUGUCCGGAGAGCUUGCCAAGCGACGCACAGAAAUGCCUUUCCCUGAGCCAAGUCACGGCAAAUCAGCCCACCAUUCUAAGGUCCACCGCUCGCACUCCCACACCCAGGAGAGGAAAUCCAGAAAUGAACGCAGCGACAAGGCCAAGGAACGUUCCCGAUCAAUGGACAACUCUAAAGGUCCGCUUGGAGCUGGACUGAUUGGACCACCCGAUUAUUAUGAUGACCGGAGCCGUUACUAUACUGAUGAUGGCACCCUGCGAGCUAAUCAGAGCUCUUCUCACUACUCUCGUGCCACACCCACUUCCACUAAGGUGCCUGGGGAUUCCCUGAGAUUGGAUGGGAGCAGGAACUUGGAGAAGAGUAAGAGCAGGGAUAGUCUCCCAGCAUAUUCACCAAAACCACUGCCUAACUCUGCCUCUCCCGAUGAUUACUUCCAAUGCCCUGGAUCCUCUGAGGCUAUUCUCACAUCAACAGCUCCUCUGGGAACUCUGGGCAAAAACAGCCAUGAUGGAUUAAAACCAGGUAGUAUUGACAGGCAGACUGAUAGACAGACAUCCCAUCCACCAGAAAAUAGGGAGGACUUAACAAAGGUGGGACCUAAGGGCAGCAGCUUGCCACCAAUACCCCUCUCUAUCCCUGACCUCCCUCUUUCUAAUGGACGACCUGCCCACAGCACCUCUUCUAAUCAGGAGAAACGAAAGGAGAUCUUUAGUAAAGAUACGCUCUUCAAACCUCCACCUAGCCUGCCUUUGCCAGGUUACAGCUCUCUGAGAAAACCCACAGCCCUUGCCUCCUCAAAUCUGUCAUCAUCCUGCGAUGCUCUUGAUUCCCAAGAAGCCUUCGAUGCUCCUAAGCCUCUGUUGGCAACAUCAUCUGCUCCAUCACAAGGGACUGAACCCACAUCCAGUGCUGCAGAUGCAAACUUUGACUACUACAAUGUUUCAGAUGAUGAUGAACUUGAAGACGGAGGCGCGAAAAGUCAAGGAGAGGAUGAGAAGCCUGGAGGAAGCAUUGCUGUCAUGGGAGGAGGUGGAGCAGGAACCAUGCAAUGGCUGCUGGAAAGAGAGAAAGAGAGGGAUCUGCAGAGGAGGUUUGAAAGAACGCUUGCCUUCCCAGGUGUCAAAGAGAACCUUCCGGAGCCCAGUCAGAACCAGCAGUCAGCUCAUUCUGCUCGGCUGGACAGUAUGGACUCCAGCUCGGUCACUGUUGACAGCGGAUUCAAUUCCCCACGAACGAGAGAGAGCUUAGCAUCUAACACCUCUUCAAUAGUGGAGAGUAACCGACGGCAGAACCUGGCCUUGAGCCCAGGCCACCUCAACAUCACCACUGGAAACGGUCCUCCUUUCUCCUUCCGUGCCAUUCCGGAACCUGCUGGCACCCAACCAGAAAAACUCCAGAAGCCCAGUGCCUGCCUUGCGUCAAUCACCAGCGUCUAGGGUCAGAACUAAGGGCUGGGCAGAACACAGAGCCAGUGGACUGGUCAGAAAAUCAGUCUGCAUGCACUGUUACAGUGAAAGCUGACAGACUGACUGGCAGUGCAGCUGUGACAGGUCCUUUGUGAUUAUACCUGCUAACACACAUAUGGAUGGACAGACAGGAAGUUAGAUCCCCAGGAAGCAGCUCGUUCACACAGAACUACACACACCAGGAUAUUGCACACUGUCAUUCUCUAGCCUCUAGUUUACACACUACAGCUUUUGUGUUUUUCAUACGUGUGGGUUCGAGUGAGUGAGUGACUGAGCGAGUGACUGAAUGCUUGGAUAAUCUGUAAUCUCAGGUUAUGUUAUUUUCACGCCCAUUCAGCUGCUUAAGAUUACUUAACCCCCUCCUGUGGUGUCAACUGGUAUUACACCCUGAGAACCAUCAGUCCUCCUGACCUAUAAGGGGCUCCCAGAGUUUCACUAACCAAUUCUUACUCAUUACUUGUCUCUGUUUGCCCUCAAACAACAUUUGCCAAUGGCAACACCCUUUAAGGUGCAGUGCCACAGAAAAUGGCAAUAAAAACCUUUCUCAUCACUCCAAAACAUAACAACACACGUGAAGUGGUUAUAAAGGACAGUUGUUUUGUUUUAUACGAGAACAUUUCUGUAGAAUGUAUGGAAGCAUUUCUUAUGUCUAUGGUGCCCAUCUGAACUCCCCGACACUGUUGGCGGUUUCUGUGCAGGCAGCAGUUAAACAUGGACGGCUGCAGGUCCAGAGAUGAGAUUGAUGAUUACAGACUUUUACCUUUUGUUCUUUUUGUUACCCUUCAUGUCCAUUGGCUACAGUCCAUCCAAAAACUGUCUUAUUAGUCCAGUGGACAUAGAGUCCCUUGUCCAGUCUCAUAGAGGAAAAACCCCAAUAUCAGUGAUCAGAUUUACAUCAUAAAUCUAUACAUUACAAUACUCUACACCGACAACUACAUUUGUGUAGUAUAUUAUGUGUGUAGGUAACAUGAAAUAUUUCUUGGUAUCCUGAGUCGCUUUUCUUGUUGAGAUUCAUUUCAUUCAGGUUCUGGACGUAUUUAUUAGAUGAGUUUUAGACGCUGUUGAGGCUCUACAGGCGUUAUUACGGCUUAUUUCACUGCUCGUCUUUCCUCCUAUAAUACAGAUAUCGUCAUUCUAGUCACAGUAGCCACCACCAACAAUCUGGAGACUAUAAGCAGCGCGUUGUUGGAAAUACUACCUCGACAAGACAACACAAUAAAGGAAAAAACUCUGAACAAGUGAAUCAAUCAACAAAAUUUAGACUCCUCGAUGUGAAACGGCUUUAAUCAGUGGACAUGAGGGGUCAACGUUUACUUGUUUACUAAAAUAACCGCCCACGUUCCAGAGACAGGAAGUGCAUGAGAGUUCACGUUAUAAAUCCUUGUGUGAGAACAGCAAAGUCUGUGCUACAUGUUAAUGUGCCAUGUACAACAUUGCAGUUGCACUUGUAGUGACUUAGAGUCCAACACAGAAUGCAAGCUCUAGCAAACAAAGCAUCCAGUCUGGUAUACACACACAGAGAAAAAGACGGGGAUUUGACAUUUUUAGGAUUUUUGCACAGCUUUUUCGCCGAUUUAUAUUUUUAUCAAGUUUAUAAAUACUUCAGUUUGUCUUCAGACGGCUUGAAUCAAAACCUUGAGCUCUUCACUCCUGGUGCUAAGAUGUUUUGUGGUCAGCGAGACUAUAAUUAAAAAUGAAGACAAUAUGGUGAGAUUAUAGUAUCAUACGGCUGCUGUGCUUGCAUAUCUCUGGCACUGACCAUUCUCCCGUUUACUGGCCAGCAGCACAGAGUCCAGACUGACUGGCAGGUGGAGCACCUGACUACGUCACAGUGAUGUGUGAACUAAAAGCUACAUUUGAAAAUUGUUAUAAAUCAUGCUUGAAAUUGGGUUCCAGAACCUCUGUAGUGUUUUAGCAGUGAUUUCCUCUCAUCCCUUUUUCUGUUUCGCUGUUGCCAUCCGGUAAGUUUCUCUCUACUUAUACCAACUACCUCCAUAGAAGCGAAAGACAGUCUGAAACAUCACUGUCAUUAGCCUCUAGCCUGCGAAUGUCUUACAAACACAUGUAUUCAGUGCUCUCCAAGAGUAGGUUAACGGUACAGUGAUAUUUCAACCUACCGUCUGUGUAUGUACGGCAUAUUCAACUGACACAUGAACAGUGUGGAGUAAAAGCUGCUCGUGUUGGAUUCCAGUUGACUUUUAGAGGGCACCAUAAAUAUACUAUCACACUACAUAUCAAAGUGUCGACGUCACCGUUCUUUUCCUUGACUCCAUCCAGUGCUGACUUUCAGAAAAGUUCUCAUUAAAAAACAAUUUCACAUCCACAUUUCACUUGUUGUGUAACUGACGUCAUUUGUUGGUCUUUGCAUUUUCCCCUGUAUUGUUCUACAUCGGGUCCCCUGCAGUUCUUGGGUUGUAUCCCUCAGGGAUGUUCUGUUCUCUGGAACAGAGUGUUCAAUGUUAAGUAUUCUAGAAUUGUAGCCCUUAGUCAAUCAUGCCUGAAGGUUUCUACCACUUUUACCAGUUUUAGUCACCUUUUGUCAGUAUUCAACAAAUCUGCGAAACAUCCUUUAUCUCUGUAAUAAGGUUCUCGUCUCUGCUCUUUCCCUAGAGUAGGUAGUUUUUCUUACUACCUUUACACUAGGAUUUUAGUCCCAAUUAUACUUUCACACAUAGGUUGUUUGUGCCAUUUGUACCCACGUUGUAAGACUAUAGAAAGAUGAGAAUAAGUCCCGAUAUCACUGCUCCACCUUCACCUUCAGAGUGAGUCCUGUCCCUGCAGAUACAGGAUUUCCAGUCUGUAUUUUCAAACAAACCUUAGGCUUACUGUCACAGCUAGGUUGAAGGCUCAAUAGUAGAAAUGAAUCUCUGCAUCUCUUUUACCACGUUUGAAGGUUUUUAGCUCUUGUUCCACAGCAGCGGGGUCCUUCUUUGUUCCACCAGUGAAACGGGGCUUUGUGUGCCUGCUGGAACACGUGUCUCUCAUCUCUAAUGUUUGCACUGCUCCCUACCCCGAGCCUCCACAUUGUCGCCUGGCCCAGUGGCCUUACAUCAACCCUUCUCCAGCACAAUCCCUGUUUCUACAGUGACAGUCCAUGAAAUGUCUUCCCUCAACAUUAGCGGUUGUUUUUAAGACUGGAGAUUCUCAACAAUAACAAUGUUUCUAAUGGUGACAAUAUGUCAUACCUGUAAAUUAUGUUCAUCUGUUAUAACUAGUCAAAACAAUUUAAAUAAUAAAAAGGAGGGAUUUUUUAAAAAUGUCUAUAAUAUCCAAAAGUCCCUUUGAUGUGUCGUACUGGUGUUACUGUUGUUGUAGUGUAUGUAAUGCCUAAUGGGGAUUGUGUUACUUUUUAUGAUAAUAAAAUAACAAUGUUUGGUUA